ACGAAGAGGGGAUCGUAACGACUCUUGCAAGUUUUUAAACUUUUGUUACGCAGUUAUCGAAGAAUCCCUAAAAAACGAUCGAGAUACUAACAACGAGGCUGUCUUCGGCAGCGAAGGCAUAUUUAUCGUGGGGGUUGGCCCGCUGGGCUCUCUCGGCCCAGAAGCCCAAAGAGAUGUCUAUUCGGUCAGCAGUCCACCGUCUCAUGCAAAAUGGUCGGGCUCUACUGCAUUCCGUCAGUAAUACCAAGUACUUCUACGCUAAUUACCGCCCAAGGAUCUAUCACGACAAGAUACACGUUGUGCAAGUAGGCAAGUCCCAGGGCUGCCUGCCCCAGGGUAACAAUAAUGUGUCCACCACAGGAAAGCACCUUAGCUACUUGGGGACUCAUGCUCGACGAAUCUUUGUAAAUAACAUCUUGAACAGAGUCACCAAUAGUUUGGCUGCUAACUUGCGCAGACGUGCAGCUAGCAGAUUGAUUUUUGGUGACUCUACACCCUUUUUUGCCCUGGUUGGUGUAUCAUUGGCUUCUGGUACUGGAAUGUUGACAAAAGAUGAUGAACUAGUAUAAUUAAUGUAUCAUUUAUAGGAGGCCAUAUCAAAAUUGAAAUGGAAUACCCCACAAAAUGAUAAAAAUUGUGAGGUCAUCAAAGAUGAUGAGAAAGUUGUCACUUUAAAGGAUUUUGUAAUUGGUCCUGCAAUAGCAAAAGGAUGUUCUGCAGUUGUCUAUGCAGCCAAAUUCAAUGAUUCUCCUUGCAGCAAAAACGAGAACCAAAUAAACAUUGAUGAGAAGACUAAAGAUGUAACUGCAUUUCCAAUGGCAUUAAAAAUGAUGUUCAAUUAUGAUACUGAAUCAAAUGCACUGUCUAUUCUGAGAUCCAUGUACAGAGAAACUGUACCAGCUAGAAAAUUUUUAAAAAAUGAAUUAGCGGAUUGGGAGAUGAGAUUGACAGAAAGCAAAGUCAAGCUACCACCACAUCCAAACAUUGUAGCAAUGUAUUACGUUUUCACAGAUAGAGUACCAGCUUUGCCCGGUUCAUGGGGCAUGUAUCCCGAUGCUUUGCCAGCUAGAAUCAAUCCUCACGGUUCUGGAAGGAACAUGAGUUUGUUUCUACUGAUGAAAAGAUAUGAUAUCACGCUGAAACAAUACUUGAUCGAUCACAACUUGAGCAUGAGGGAAUCGAUAUUGCUACUUGCUCAGUUGCUCGAAAGUGUGAUUCAUUUGAAUGCACACGGCAUAGCACACCGUGAUUUGAAGAGUGAUAAUAUCCUGCUAGACUUGUCAGAAGAGACAGAUAACUGUCCAUCUUUGGUGAUCACAGAUUUUGGAUGUUGUUUGGCGGACAAACGUCAUGGACUGUAUCUACCUUACAACACACAUGAUAUCGACAAAGGUGGAAAUGCUGCCUUAAUGGCGCCAGAAGUGAUCACAGCAGAACCCGGUCCGUUUACCAGUAUAAAUUACACCAAAGCUGAUUUGUGGACAGUUGGGACCAUAGCCUAUGAAAUAUUUGGCAUGAACAAUCCGUUUCAUGCUGACAAGGAGAAUACUUCCCUCAAGAAUUACAAUUACAAAGAGGAGGAUCUCCCAGCUCUGCCAAGCCACGUGCCAACAGUUAUUUCUGCACUGAUCAAAAAUUUAUUGUCUAGAAGCCCAUACAGGAGACUUGAUACAGAAACAGCAGCGACAGUAAUACAAUUGCACUUGUGGGCACCCAGUGCUUGGUUCAGAGGUGAAGAAAAAUUACCAUCAAGCAACGAGGUAAUGCAAUGGCUUUUGUGCUUAACUACGAAAAUACUUUGUGAAGGACGCAAUACGAUGCUGGUUCCUGAAGUGUUCCAGAAAGAGAAUGUUGGAAGAUACGAAAGAAGGGAUUGUUAUCAAAGAUCGCUUUCCACAAAGUCUUGUGGAAGACGUACUAUGCCCGAAUAUCAAUUAAUCGCAAGUUUCCUCGGUAGAGUUACGCUUGCAAACAUUAGAAGCGCCUUGAAGUGGAUACAACAGAAUGUAUAAUAUAUUUUCUAGUGUAACGAUACGAAGAAAGUAUUUAUCUCCUGCAUAUCGAGGAACAAGGCCGCGUUCUGUUUUUAUUGUCUUACGAAUGAAAGAUUGUUGAAAUAUUUUUGUAUACCCCGAUUUUAUCAUAUAUUAUUAUCGUUAAUGUUCCUCAGUUUUUCCUCCUUAUGUUAAUUUAUUUUUGAUACUCUUGGAAAGCGUAAAAGAGUCUUGCUUCCAACUAUGUUUUGAGUAUGGUGAACCUUUUGAAAAUGUAAUUGAAAUCAAGUGGCAUAAAAUGAUUCUUUUGUAAUUGUCGUGCCUUGUAAUCGAACAAUGCUAGAAAGUAUCGAAGUAUAUUUAUUUUGGGCGGUUUUAUUGUAUUCAAUAUUAUUUAUUGAGGUUAUUUAAGGAAUUAAUUUACUUAUGUGCAUGGAGAGCGAUCUUUCGUACUUUGAUAAAGAUAGCUUGCUCUGUAUUGUCAAUUAACGCUUAUUAAUUCAUUAAUGCGAUACUAAGUGUAUUGACGUAUAAUGAUUUUCGAGUAGAUUUUAUGCAAGCAUCACGCCUCCUUAAGUUCAAAAAAAUUUUAUGUAUGACUUUCUUUUCAUCGGUACUUUUUAACA